GUUCUCUCCAGCUCCAGGAUGUUCCAGGUGCUCCAGGGUCACAUCCAGCCGGUGGGAAACCGAAGCCCCAAAACUCGCCUGGUCACCAAAGACGGACGCUGCAACAUAGAGUUCGGCAACAUCCAAUACAACAACCACCUGGCGUACCUGGUGGACUUCUGGACCACGUUCGUGGAGAUCCGGUGGCGCUUCGUGCUCCUCCUGUUCGUGGCCUCGUUCACGGGCAGCUGGUUCGUCUUCAGCCUGCUGUGGUACUGGAUUGCAAAGAGCAACGGGGAUCUGACGGGCCAGAACCGCACGGAUGGACACGUCCAGUGUGUAGACAACGUCAACGGCCUCACCACGGCGUUCCUCUACUCCCUGGAGACCCAGACCACCAUCGGGUACGGCGGCAGGGCGCUGACGGGCCACUGCGCCGGCACCGUGGCUCUGAUCAUCAUCCAAUCGCUGAUCGGCGUCUUCAUCAACUGCUUCAUGUGCGGCAUCAUCUUGGCCAAGAUCUCCUUGCCCAAAAAGAGGGCAAAGACCGUCACCUUCAGCGACACGGCUGUCAUCUGCUUGAAGAAAGGAAGUCUGUGUCUCCUGAUCCGAGUGGCGAACCUCCGAAAGACCUUGUUGAUCGGCAGCCAGAUCUACGGCAAGCUGCUCAGGACAACGACCACGCCGGAUGGAGACACCAUCAUUCUGGACCAGGUGGACAUUGACUUUGUGGUCGACGCCGGAAAGGACAACCUGUUCUUUGUUUGCCCGAUGACCCUCUACCACGUGAUCAACAGAUCCAGUCCAUUCUACGAGCUGUCGGCGGACUCUCUUCCCCACCAGGACUUUGAGUUGGUGGUGUUUCUGGACGGCACGGCCGAGUCCACCAGCUCCUCCUGUCAGGUCCGGACCUCCUACGUCCCCCAGGAGAUCCAGUGGGGAUACAGUUUCCUGCCCAUCAUCUCGCGCACCAAGACGGGGAAGUACCGCGUGGACUUCUCAAACUUCUCCAAAAGCGUCCAGGUGACCACGCCGCACUGCGUCCACUGCUUUGAGACGGACGCAGACCAGAGGAACCACAACAGCAAUGACCACGACAAUCACCACCACCAGCAGAAGUCUGGCAUCGACAACUUGGGUUUUCAGGUGAUCAACAUUCCCGACUCCGUGGACUUCACCAAGAUGUGA